AUGUCCAACUUUUCCGACAUCGAUAGACUUGCCAUCUCUACCAUCAGACUGCUGUCUGUGGACCAGGUCGCUGCGGCCAACUCCGGUCACCCAGGUGCUCCCCUAGGUCUGGCGCCUGCCGCGCACGUCAUCUGGAAGCAGAUGAGACUGAACCCAAAGAACCCUGAGUGGAUCAACCGCGACCGUUUCGUGUUGUCCAACGGCCACGCUUGCGCGCUGUUGUACUCCAUGCUGCACUUGUCCGGCUUCGACUUCUCGAUCGAGGACCUGCAAAGCUUCCGUCAGCUGGGCUCCAAGUGCCCUGGUCACCCAGAGUUCGAGCUGCCCGGCGUCGAGGUCACCACCGGUCCCCUGGGCCAGGGUAUCUCCAACGCUGUGGGUAUCGCCAUCGCGCAGGCCAACUUCGCGGCUACCUACAACAAGCCUAACUACACUCUGAGUGACUCGUUCACCUACGCGUUCCUCGGUGACGGCUGUCUGCAGGAGGGUGUCUCCUCUGAGGCCUCCUCCCUGGCCGGCCACCUGAAGCUCGGUAACCUGAUUGCCUUCUACGACGACAACCAGAUCACUAUUGACGGUAACACCAACGUUUCCUUCACCGAGGACGUCGCCAAGCGUUACGAGGCCUACGGCUGGGAGGUUCUGCACGUCCAGAACGGUAACGAGGACUUAGACGGUAUCCUCGAGGCCCUCAACCAGGCCAAGAAGUCCCAGGACAAGCCUACCCUUAUCAAGAUGACCACCACCAUUGGUUUCGGUUCUCUGAACGCCGGCUCCCACUCCGUUCACGGUUCUCCAUUGAAGCCUGACGAUGUCAAGCAAUUGAAGACCGCUCUUGGCUUCAACGCUGACCAGUCUUUCGUCGUCCCACAGGAAGUCUACGACUUCUACAAUAAGGAGAUCAUCCAGCCCGGCCAGCAGCUGAACGAGGCCUGGAACAAGACCCUCGAGGAGUACUCCGCCAAGUACCCUGAGUUGGCCGCCGAGCUCAAGAGAAGAAUCUCCGGUGAGCUGCCACAGGGCUGGGAGUCAGCUCUGCCUCUCUAUACCCCUAAGGACUCUGCCGUCGCCACCAGAAAGUUGUCCGAGAUCGUUCUGCAGAACAUCCAGGGCACUCUGCCAGAGAUGAUCGGUGGUUCUGCCGACUUGACCCCAUCCAACUUGACCAGAUGGAAGGAGGCCGUCGACUUCCAGCCCCCAUCCACUGGUCUAGGUGACUACGCUGGUAGAUACAUCAGAUACGGUGUCAGAGAGCACGGUAUGGGCGCUAUCAUGAACGGUAUCUCCGCUUUCGGUGCCAACUACAAGGCUUACGGUGGUACUUUCUUGAACUUCGUCUCCUACGCCUCCGGUGCCGUCAGACUUUCUGCUCUGUCCGGCCACCCAGUCAUCUGGGUCGCCACCCACGACUCCAUCGGUCUAGGUGAGGACGGUCCAACCCACCAGCCUAUCGAGACCUUGGCCCACUUCAGAGCUUUGCCAAACAUGCAGGUCUGGAGACCAGCCGACGGUAACGAAGUUUCUGCCGCCUACAAGGUCGCAUUGACCCAUAAGCACACUCCAGCCGUCAUUGCUUUGUCCAGACAAAACUUGCCUCAGUUGGAGGGCAGCUCUAUUGAGAAGGCUUCUAAGGGUGGUUACGUCUUGCAGGAGGUUGACAACGCUGACAUCACUUUGGUCUCCACUGGUUCUGAAGUGAGCAUCACUGUCGAGGCCGCUAAGGUUUUGGCUGGCAAGAACAUCAAGGCGCGUGUCGUCUCCUUGCCAGACUUCCACACUUUCGACCAACAGCCAGAGGAGUACCAGCUGUCUGUCUUCCCAGACGGCGUCCCAAUUAUGUCUAUUGAGGUGUUGUCCACUUCUGGCUGGUCCAAGUACGCUCACGAAUCUUUCGGUUUGGACAGAUUCGGUGCCUCCGGUAAAGCUCCUGAAAUCUACAAGGCUUUCGAGUUUACUCCAGAGGGCAUCUCCACCAGAGCCGAGAAGACCAUUGCUUUCUACAAGAACAAGCAAGUUACUUCUCCUCUGCACAAACCUUUCUAA